CUACGUGUUACUUCUGUCAUGACUCUGACCCAUUGAAGUCAUGACGUCUAGAAUGACAUCGAGCUUAGCCUUCCUCGCGCUGACAUUGUUGGCCGUCGGCGCGAGCGCCCAGCCGCAGAGUGGCCUCUACACCAACUUUCCGUUCUGCAAAUGUAUCAAGACGCCCACGGCGUAUCGGCUGUCGCCGACCGUCAAGUCGGUGGGCUCAAGCACCUAUUGCUUCACGCUGAACGUAAAUGUGCCGGCAGGCUGCAACAACUACUGCUGCAACAAGGCCGACCUCAAGAAGAUUGAGAUCAACGCUUUCCAGGCGUGCGACGUCUUCUCGCCCCCCGUCAAGGCGACCAUUAACGGCGUACCCACCAAGGUCGCUCCUGCUUUCACCACCCCUAAGGACGGCCCAGUGGGCUCCGCCACCCUGGUGCUGACGCAGCUGGGUCUGGGUCUUGCGAGUGACGGUGCGGAGAUUUGCAUCACGCUGGGUCUGAACAAGAACGGCAAGGGCUGCACCACCCUGGAGGAGCUGUGCGUGCCCCCGGCCGGCAUGCCCGCCGGCGUGUGCACGGCUGCCCUGUUCGACAGCCAGAACGACUGCUGCCCGCUGUCCCAGGCCAACGUGCCCAGCCCGCCGCCGCCCUCUCCCCCUCCCCCCUCUCCCCCUCCUCCUUCUCCCCCUCCCCCGUCUCCUCCCCCUCCCUCUCCUCCUCCCCCGUCUCCUCCUCCCCCCCCUCCUCCGCCCUCGCCUCCUCCCCCAUCGCCCCCACCGCCUCCUCCCCCGUCCCCUCCUCCCCCUCCCCCGCCGUCGCCCCCUCCUCCUCCUCCGCCCUCGCCACCUCCCCCUUCGCCUCCUCCGCCCUCGCCGCCUCCCCCCAGCCCUCCUCCACCCUCGCCGCCUCCCCCCUCGCCGCCCCCGCCUUCUCCCCCUCCUCCCUCGCCCCCUCCCCCGAGCCCCCCUCCGCCGUGUGAGGUGUGCGUCUACCUGACGCUGGUGCCCCCAGCCAACGACCCCUUCCAGUACCGCUUCGACGCCGCCACCUGCGACGACGCCGCCACCGCCAUUUCCCAGGACAUCGAGCUGCUGGCCGAGGACCUCCAGGCCCGAAUCUCUGUCCCCUUCACGCUGACCGAGUGCACUGAGACCAGCAUCAAGGUCUGCGGCGAGUUCUUCUCGAACGAGGACGGUGCCCUGCUGGAGCCCGACAUUCAGAACAUCUACCUGGACCAGUGGCUUCAGAUCAUUACGGGCGCCCAGUGCCCUGCCUUCCUGGCCGGUUACACCAUCGUGGUCUCCAUUGCGAGUGCCAACCCCGAUGUCCCCUCGGCCUGCCUCAGCGGCGUGCUGUCCACGGGCUGCUCGCCCGAGACCGUGCUCUUCCCCAAGUGCGAGUGCACCACCACCCCCUACAACAUGCCCUUCGCUGUCAACCCCGUUAUCACCACCACCCCCGGCCGCAAGACCGGCAGCACUGCCUACUGCUUCAAGCUGGCGUCUGUGACGCCGUCUAACCCCUCGUCUUUCUGCGGCAAGACCACCACCAUCAACAAGCUGGAGUUCUUCGCGGACGACACCAAGCGCCGCAAGGUCACCGGUGUGGGCCUCAAGCCCGCCGGCUCCGCCACCACCACGUGGCGCGACCCCAUUUGGGACACCCCCGGCCAGAACACCCUGCGCGCCACCAACGUCAACUGGAGCAGCGCUCAGGCCGACGGCGGCCAGGUGUGCCUGGAGCUGACUGUGCCCCUGGCGGACUUCUGUCUGGGCUCGGCGGACGGCAGCAGCUGCUGGGUGACCCUGUUCGACGGCAGCCGUACUUGCUGCCCCACUGCGCUGACCUCCAUCACCGCGCCCUAGGCGCCCUGUGGCGCGAGCGCGGCAGCCAGCCUCUCGAAGGAACCCUGAACGUGGGAUUGCCCCAUCGGACAGUGCCCCCUGUGAGGUGGCCUCAUCUUCUCACCUUCUCAUCUUCACGUCUUCUUAUCGUUUAGGCGCUGCAGGGGCUCCGCAGGUCCUGUUGACGCAGCUGUGCAUGCUAGCGGAUUGAUGAUUGAUUGGCCCGAUGUGGGAGGGUGGCUGGGGAGCAUGAGCCCCUGGGUGCGCCUGUAUAGAAUGAGGGCUUGGAGGGACGUGCUUUUUACAGUUACCCACUGUGGGGGCCCAUUGACGGCAUGCGUCACCGCUUGCAUUUCACAUGCUGCGUGAGGCGAGAACGGAGGCUUUGUGUGGUUCCAUCCUAGCCAUGCCGCCGCCUUGAUUGCAUGCGGCCACUCAGGACAUGCAUGUACGUAUAGUCUAGCUCUUCUGACUCUUGGGUUUGUUCUUCAUAGCUCAUUUGGUGUGAAGCGUAUGCGCUGCGGAUUUAUGCGUUGGCGAGAAUACGAAGGCGCACGAGCCCUUCACUAGCUUUGCCAAGCCAGACACGCGCCGGUUAUCUGCAUGCGCUGGGGGUAUGCCUAUUGGGUUGUUCGGGGCCGCGUUGCAAAAUUACUUGUCCCACUUGAACUGUGAAUUGUGGUAGGCGACUGGGAAUGCUGAGUGAAAUGUCCAUGAAUGUGCGGGGCCCAUGUAUAUCUGUGACGUGCGUGCUUGACUGCCCUCCUGCAAACAUGCACUGCAGGCGAGCCACGUUGGUUGCGCCUAGCGUGUGACCAUGCUGUUAUGUACAAUAACGAAGUAACGCACGAUAUGUGUAUGCGCGCUCCUCACGUGGGCUUCCCCGAUGGACCUCCCCCGGUUGACUUCGUGCUGGCCAUUAGGUAUUAGCACACAGGGCAACACAGGGCUGAGCAAAUCAGCAUGACACAAAACAAGGGAAGCGUACUGCAACGGUUCUUCGGCCCUUGGGCCGCUGAGGUGCGACAGGUGUGCCAGGUGUGUGUGUGUGUGUGUGUGUGUGUGUGUGUGUGUGUGUGUGUGUGUGUGUGUGCGCGUGUAUGUGCGUGUGCGUGCGCGUGUGCGUGCGCGUGUGCGUGCGCGUGCGCGUGCGCGUGCGCGUGCGCGUGCGUGUGUGUGUGUGUGUGUGUGUGUGUGUGUGUGUGUGUGUGUGUGUGUGUGUGUGUGUGUGUGUGUGUGUUUGUGCGCGUGCGUGGUCACAAGGUGGUGCGCACGACCGUUGCGUGUCUUCCUGCUUCGUGAGAACCUGAGCCCGAGCCGGGGUGAACCCUAUGACGCCAACGAAUGCUAUCGUCCUGCAUCUUGUCUCCCUUGUAAGGAAGGGGCGUGUUCCUAAUCCUAUGCUGCCAUGUGGAGUUAAGUGAUGCGGCUAACCUGGCAAGCUCCGAUUUCAGCAUCACUUUGCGCAUGCGUUCACUAAAGUCAAAGGCAGUCAUAGCAUAGACUGUACAUUGCACCACAACGUGUUGCUCAUCCUCCUUCCUGCGAGCUGGCCCCGCGCCCGGCCAUUCAUUCCCUGGGGCGCCAGACAAGACGCCAAGACGCCACACGAGCGCUUUUGUUCAAAGCUU